AUGGCGGCCUCCACGGGUCGUUGGCUUCUCCUCCGGCUUGCGCUACUCGGCUUCCUCUGGGAAGCGUCCGGCGGCCUCAACGGCGGCUUCUUCCGCAUGAACACGGGCGAGUGCCUGGGGAACGUGGUGAGCGACGAGCGGCGGGUGAGCAGCUCCGGGGGGCUGCAGAACGCGCAGUUCGGGAUCCGCCGCGACGGAACCCUGGUCAUCGGGUACCUGUCUGAGGAGGAGGUGCUGGACACUGAGAACCCAUUUGUGCAGCUGCUGAGUGGGGUCGUGUGGCUGAUUCGUAAUGGAAGCAUCUACAUCAACGAGAGCCAAGCCACAGAGUGCGACGAGACACAGGAGACAGGUUCCUUUAGCAAAUUUGUGAAUGUGAUAUCAGCCAGGACGGCCAUUGGCCACGACCGGAAAGGGCAGCUGGUGCUCUUUCAUGCGGACGGCCAAACGGAGCAGCGUGGCAUCAACCUGUGGGAAAUGGCGGAGUUCCUGCUGAAACAGGACGUGGUCAACGCCAUCAACCUGGAUGGGGGUGGCUCUGCCACCUUCGUGCUCAAUGGGACCUUGGCCAGUUACCCGUCAGAUCACUGCCAGGACAACAUGUGGCGCUGUCCCCGCCAAGUGUCCACCGUGGUGUGUGUCCACGAACCCCGCUGCCAGCCACCUGACUGCCACGGCCAUGGGACCUGCGUGGACGGGCAUUGCCAGUGCACCGGGCACUUCUGGCGGGGUCCCAGCUGCGGCGAGCUGGAUUGUGGCCCUUCUAACUGCAGCCAACAUGGGCUGUGCACAGAGACUGGCUGCCGCUGUGAUGCCGGCUGGACCGGGUCCAACUGCAGUGAAGAGUGUCCCCUUGGCUGGCACGGGCCGGGCUGCCAGAGGCCUUGUGAGUGUGAGCACCAUUGUCCCUGUGACCCCAAGACUGGCAACUGCAGCGUCUCCGGAGUAAAGCAGUGUCUCCAGCCAUCUGAAGCCACCCUGAGGGCGGGAGAACUCUCCUUUUUCACCAGGACCACCUGGCUAGCCCUCACCCUGGCGCUGGCCUUCCUCCUGCUGCUCAGCAUCGCCGCGAACCUGUCCUUGCUCCUGUCCAGAGCAGAGAGGAACCGGCGCCUGCGUGGGGACUAUGCAUACCACCCGCUGCAGGAGAUGAACGGGGAGCUUCUGGCCGUAGAGAAGGAGCAGCCAGGGGGCGCCCACAACCCCUUCAAGGACUGAAGACUCCAGCUGCCCCGGGUGGCACGUCCCGAAAGCUUGUUUCCCCAUCGUCUGGCUUCUGCAGGGGAAAUUUCAAGGCCACUGGCGUGGACCAUCUGGGUGUCCUCAGCCCCUGUGGGGCAGCCAAGUUCCUGAUAGCACUUGUGCCUCAGCCCCUCACCUGGCCACCUGCCAGGGCACCUGUGACCCUAGCAAUACCGCGCUCCCUGGAAAGACUCAGCCGGCUGCUUCCUGCCUGCCUGUGUCUGCUGCCGAGAAGCCUGUGUCCCCGGGAGGGCUGCUGCACUGCCAAAGAGUCUCCCACCUCCUGGGGAAGGGGCUGCCAAUGAACCAAGCCCGGUGACCACAUCGUGACAAAACAGCACAUCCCGGCCAGCACCCCUGGCUGGGGCGGGUUAAACGGGCGAGUCUGCCUUCCCCGCUGUGACACAGGACCCCUUUCCUACAGACCUCAUCACAGGAUUUGCCAACUAGAAUUCGAUUUCCUGUCAUAGGAAACUGCUUGGAAGAAGGGCGGGGGAUGAAAUCAUGUUUACAGACCUAUUUUGUCAUCCUGCUGCCAAAAGUUUUUUUAAUCACUUGAAUAAAUUGAUAUAAUAAAAGGAGCCACCAGGUGGUGUCUGGAUUCU